UGCAGCAGUGUCCGGCCUCAGCUGACGCGCGCCCUUCCCCCGCCCCCGCCCUCAGUUACCCGGCGUUCCUCACCCGGCGUUUUAGCCUUUGCUCCCGGGACUGCGGAGUCCCCAGCUCGGAACUGCCCCGUGCCCCGCGUGCCGACAUGGGGAAAUCUUUUUCUCAUUUACCUUUGCAUUCAAAUAAAGAAGAUGCUUAUGAUGGAGUCACGUCAACUGAAAACAUGAGGACUGGAUUAGUUAACAGUGAACCCCAUAAUGAAGAUGGAAGAAAUGGAGAUGUCUCUCAGUUUCCAUAUGUGGAAUUUACAGGAAGAGAUAGUGUCACUUGCCCCACUUGUCAAGGAACAGGAAGAAUUCCUAGAGGGCAAGAAAACCAACUUGUGGCAUUGAUUCCAUAUAGUGAUCAGAGAUUAAGACCAAGAAGAACAAAGCUGUAUGUGAUGGCUUCUGUGUUUGUCUGUCUGCUCCUUUCUGGAUUAGCAGUGUUUUUCCUUUUCCCUCGCUCUAUCGACGUGAAAUACAUUGGAGUAAAGUCAGCAUAUGUCAGUUAUGAUGUUCAGAAGCGUACAAUAUAUUUAAAUAUCACAAACACACUAAAUAUAACAAACAAUAACUAUUAUUCUGUUGAAGUUGAAAACAUCACUGCACAAGUUCAAUUUUCAAAAACAGUUAUUGGAAAGGCACGCUUAAACAACAUAACCAAUAUUGGUCCACUUGAUAUGAAACAAAUUGAUUAUACAGUACCUACUAUUUUAGCAGAAGAAAUGAGUUAUAUGUUUGAUUUCUGUACAUUGUCAUCCAUCAAAGUGCAUAACAUAGUACUCAUGAUGCAAGUUACUGUAACAACAACAUACUUUGGACACUCUGAGCAGAUAUCCCAGGAGAGGUACCAGUAUGUUGAUUGUGGAAGAAAUACAACUUAUCAGUUGGGCCAGUCUGAAUAUCUAAAUGUACUUCAGCCACAACAGUAGUAACUGAAAGAGAUGCAGCUGGAAAAGAAGAAAUACCUAUUGAUAUUUUCAAAACUCUCAAAGAUGAGGUACUUCCUAACAGAAGAUCUUGAAUUGAAAAAACCUGAAGUUUAUACUUCUCUUUUAAGGUUACAGUUAAAAAUGUGUGGACUUGCAGUUAUUCCAGUCUUCACUCUGGUGUUAUGAUAUAUUUGUACCAGGAUUUUUUACUUGAAUCUAAAUUUAUCAAUUGGUUUUCUUCUCUCCCAUUCCCUACAAAGGGGAAAAUUGAGACUUCCAUCUAGGGCAAUACAUAAUUAUUUAAAAUUCACAACUCCCGUCACUACUGAAAAUAUAAUUUUGGUGAUGAAUACAAUUCAAGAAACAUUAUUUCUGAAUUUUUUUAUAGAGUUUCCUGUGAGCUGAUUAUUCAUGGAAGACUUUUAAAACCUCAUUUUCCUGUUUUGUAUAUUCCCAUUGUUACAUGGUAGUAUUUCAACUACUUGGAUAUUUUAGCUUUUAACUAAAAGUUCUUAGCUCUUUAUGUGUUGAAAUUCUGGUCAUUUGUAUUUUUGUCAGUCUUAUUUCAAGCCAGUGCUUGCAUAAUUCUUAUAAGCCAAAAUAAUUACCUAAAAUUUUUAAGAGUUCCUAAAUAAUGUGUCUCAUAUUAGGGAUAGUUUUGUGAAAUUUUUGCGUGAUCUUUAAAUAUAGUCAUUUAAUGUACAAUAUUGUAAGUAAUCUAUGCAUGGCUUUUAUACAGCUUUAAUAAAUGUCAAAAUGAUACAUACUCAAAAUUAAAGUAAGUUGCUCAUAAAAAGAAAUAAAACAGGAAAAUGAAAUCCAGAUAACUGUAGAAUGCAGAUAUGGUUUCAGUUACAUAUUGCAUGCAUCUGGCAUAAUGUAUAUUUGAAAUCAAAUAUUUUGAUGCUCUACUUUUUUAUGUUGCUUUUUUCAUUCUAAAGAAUUGUGAAGACCCUAGUUUCUCACAACUUGUAGGUACCCAAGUCAUCAAUUUAAUGAAUGUUUUAGAGUAGGAAAUUAUUUCUUUUGUAGAAAGUAUGCAAGAAAUCCUGCCAUUGUAUCAUGAGGGCUUUAUCAAAGUAAACCUUAUAUUGUGCUUUUAAAAAUUUAAUCACUUUGCUCAUCACAUGAGUAUGAUUCCUAGCAGUUACAUUGUUAAAGUUUUCUACUUUUUGUUUUGAUUUUAUUUAAAAUUUUUUUCAAGUUUACAUUUUCAAUGCAUUUCCAUCUGGUCUUUUUGCCUUUUCACUUAUGUUCUAUGUAUUUUUUAAAUACAUAUCACUAUUUUAGGAGCUAAGUAUAGCACUGAAAAAAGUUAAGUGGCUUAAGGUUAAUUUAUUUCUGUUUCCUAGUGACAGAAUUUAGUUGUCCUCUUGCCACUAUAUAUCUGACUUGAGUCUGAAACAUAGCCUAUUUACCAGGCUCUUUCUCUCUCAACUAUAACACAUAAGCUAUAUUUAAUAAUUUAGACCUAAUUAAGGCCUCUCUUUUGCCUUUGAAGACACUCAUUUCUCUUCUUUAGUUUUCAUAUUAUUUUCUCCAAAUUUAACUGAGUGAACAUUUUAUGGGUGGAAUCUGCCAACUAACUUCAUUUCCUUAUUAUUUAGUCUUCCCUUUGUCCAUUGCUAACUCAUUCAUCCUUACUAUUAAACCAGAAUCACCCCUUUGAUUUAUUAUGGACUUUAUAUUCAAAUCACAAUUUUUAUAUUUUCUUUUUUUCUUGUGCUAUGUUUGCUACUACUCCAAUUCUUGAAACUGCACACUUGUCUAAUGUGUUGAUUUUACUUGUAUUUUUCUAAUCAUUUUCUUUUCCAUUUGUUCCUCAUUCCCUGCCUUUUACCAUCUUUCAGUGAGUAUGUUCUGGGUCACCUUUUCCCUCAAAAUUUGUACUCUUGUGACUUCUAGCAAUCACCUAUAUCUUGAUUAAGGCUUCCAAAUCUGUUUCUACAUAUCUGGAAGUUUCUUAUAGUGUAAAUUAAACUUGGAUUUUCUUAUGAUUUGUAGUGCUUGAAAACUUUUGGAGUGCAUGUGUAUUAUCUCCUGCAGAGACAGGAAAGUAGAGGGAGCACUUACUUUAUGUCACUUAAUUUUGACUCUUUUGCAUCAUCUUUUAAAUUAAAAACCUUGUUUCAGUGGAGUUUGUCAAAACAAACUAUAAUUUAGAACAAGUUAAACAGUAGUAGAGGAAAAAAAGAUUGCCUGUGACUAUUGUCAGAGAGGGGUAACUGCCAGGAUAAGCCUGUAAGUAACCUGUAAAUAAAUGAAACCAUAAAAACACAUUCAGGUGAAACAGCAUUAUAGCUGAAAACAAAUCUGGAAGGACUGAAUUAGGUUUCAAUUUUUCUUCUCUUGGGCCAAUUACCACUUUGUGUUCUUAAAUGGUAAUAGGAUAGGCAUAGGUAAUUGUUUAAAUACUCAUCUGAGACCUGAUCCAGAGGACAUGGUAAAGAUGUUACAAAUUUUUUUCUGAUACUUCUAAGAAUAACAUUUUCUUAAAUUUCAUCCUAAUAGAUUGUUGUGUUUUUUUUUUCCCCUAACCAAAUCCAGUACUAUGGUAGGCUUCAGUGUGGUGACAUGUAUUUAUACCACUUUGCAGUUUUCAGAGCUCUGUCCUGGUUGCUUACAUGAUCCCCACAGUCCUGUGAGUCAGACACAGGAGGGUGAUAAGGCCUUCAUCUUUUAGAAAGAAAGAGGCAUGGAGAAGUUGAGAAACUUGAUGAAGAUCACAUGUUUACUAUUAUUGGGACCAGACCUAGUUUUUCUGUUUCCCACAUCUCUGCUUUAUCAUUUAAAAUAUCUAUUGUGUAUAGCCCUACUUGACUCAGGUUAAUAUGGUUCAAAAUUAGAGAAAAAUUUCAUAUAGUUAACAGUUGACAAAACAGAACUGAUGGACUAGCAUUUUGGUAGCUUUUAAGUUAGUAUUGAAAUCUUUAAAAUGGGGAAUAAACACUUAUAAAAUACUUGGAGCAUAAUCUAUAGCUUAAUUUUUUUUGUAAAAAUUAGUAUCCCUUGAUCAUUGCAAUAACAAUAUAACCAAUAUAUUGUCAUCACAAAUUAUUUAUAAAAAAUAAAGAUUCAUGUAUUUGAGGUUUGAAGUAGGAACAAUAUGAAAAUAUUAUGUACCAGAUAAAUUGCUUGAAAUUCCCAAAUGACCAUCUUUGUUCUAGUACAUAAUGUUUAAAUGACUGUAGUUUUCUUUGUGUGCAGUUUUUCUAGGACUUUUUUGUUUGUUUAUGCCAAUGAGGAAAUUACUUUCUCUAACAAUUUAUGAGAAAAAAAUAGUUAUUUCAGAUUUUCUGAAUGUAGUUUGGAAAUGACACAGAGCAGUGUUAAGAUAGGUAGGAAGUGACUGCCAAAACACAGUGAAAGUAACAAAUUAAGAUAUGAGAAACUUUAGGCUAAUUAAUCCUUUAUGGUUUUUAGUAUCAUUAUUGUAAUAUAAUUCUGCAAUAUUUCGUUGGCAAGUAUGCCCCAAUUCUCCCCCACCUUUUUAUUAUUGUUGUUGUGUUUUUUGGUUUAUUUAAAGUUCUUAGAAUAAAAACUUCUUUAUAAAAGAUCAUAUCUUAUUUAGGAAAAUAGGCAUUUGACCCUGAAGUAAAUCACUGCUCAUUAUAGCCAGUAUUUAUUGGGGACUAUUGUGUUUCAGAUAUUGUGCUGACCUUACAUGUACACUAUCUUAUUAUUCCUAAAAACAGUCCUUUAAGGUAGAUGCUGUUAUUCUCUUCUAUUUUACAUCUAAGAAACUUGAGUUUCAGUGAAUUUAAGAAAUUUGCACCAGCUAGAAAGUGGUAGAUUCAGGAUUCAAAGUUAACUCGAGCAUCAUUGCUUUUUAUCACUUAGCAUAUUUUCUUUCCAAUCUUUGAAUAUGUUUUAUUAGUAAAAAUAUAUUUGCUGCUGUACUUAGUAUGUAAGACUUUGAGGUUUUUGAUGGUAUUUUCAAAAAUACUAUCAGGAUAUUUUAUUAUUUUGUAGAUCUUUACUAUAAUGAAGAUGUUUACCAUUGAUUUUUAAAAUAUCUAUACUUAUCUGUUACACAAGAUUUUUUUUCUUUUAAAGGAUGCACAAUUUUAAAUUUACAAAUAAAUCAGUCUUCUUUGAUAAACAGUAUGAAUUGAAGUUCAAGUUAUUAGGUUAUAAGCAGUAAUUUCAAGUUAUUAGUAUAAGCAGCAGUAAGUAUAAUGUAAUAACAUCUCACAACACCUGAAAGCAGCAUUACUUGGCUCAAAUACAUUUAAGGGUAAAUAAUUUUCUCUUUCAUAAAAUCAGCUUUUAAAUCAAAUGUUUACCUUAAUCUAUUUUACUUUAAUGGAAAAUAUGCAUUUUUGAGAGAAUGGGUUAAAAAGAUGGAUAAGCAGUUUCUUUUAAAAAAUGUGUUUUUUAUUUUUACAUUAAAACAAUAUAUUUGAGAUGUGCUUGGAUCAAAAAUUUAACUUCUGUAUCACAGAUUUACUUAUUUCAAAGUAAAAAUUUUCACUUAGCUAAAAUUUCUGAUUAAAACUAAUAAACACCUAUUUUUGUGCAUGGUCAGAAUAUAAAUUUCAGAGUGGAGUUUUGAAAUUUAUCCUUAAUUUGGAUAAGAGCAGAUGAUACAUAUAUAAACAUACUAUAGGGAUUAAAAACAGUAAUUUUCAUUUUUAAAAUGACUAAUGUGUUUAUGUUUGUAGUUAUUUUUACAUGUAUUAAGCACAGGCUCUAAAUUGAAGAAUAUAGUAUGGUCUUUGACCCUAACCCUAAAAAUGUUCCAUGAGUUAAUUUAACAACUAUAUGGCAAGGUUUCCAUAGCUAAAUCUAACUUUUUUAGAAGGAAAUUGUUGCCUUCUAUUUAAUUACAUUAAUUGAAAUGUGUUUAAGAGAAAUGUUUUCAGCAUAUUUUGUAAACUUAAAAAAAAAAGAGGAUUAGUAUUGGGCCAGUGGCCAAGAGGUAAUAUUACUACCAUGUAGACUACUAACAGUUCAAAUUGUCCCAGAAUUUUAGAAACUAGAAGUCUGGGAGAUACUGUAUUAGCAGUAGUUUGGUGAUUCUAGUGCUGUAAUUAUUCAUUUUUUGAUUAUUGUGUAAGAUGGAACAAAUGCCAAGUUGCAAAGGAUAUAUUUUUUUCUAGACACAGAAUUUCAUUAUUUAACAGCUUGUUUUAAGCAUAACAUAUCAGCAAACCAUACUUUGUGUGUUUUGUCAUAUGUUUCUUUAAUUAGUUUCAAAAACAAUAAAUUAAACAAAAUUUUGGAAAAUGAUUUGGAAUGCUUGUUGACUUGACCUGCUUGGUCAAAUAUUUGAAUGACGGUACUACUAGCAGAUCCUAGCCUUUUAUUCUAAUUGUGGAAUAAAGAAUAAUUUAGAAUGUGAAAAUAUGUUUGGGUACUUAGUCUCUAUUUAUAUUAUGUAGUUGCCUCCACCAUGACACACUUUUUAAACUUACAAGUUGAGCACUUCUGUAAUUGUAAUUAUUGUUGUUGUUCCUGUAACAAAACAUGCUUAUGAAAGUAAUAAGUGAAUAGAAAUGCCCCUAAAUGUUAACUAUAUUUUUCAUUCAGUUGAACUGUGCUCUUGAAUUGUGUAUGAAAAUAAAAUUUGUAAAAAUUUUAGCAUGGAAAAUAAAAUUUGUAUCCAUCAUAUAUUUUGGUUAUACUCUUGAAAUUCUCUUGAUAUAAACAAAUCAGUGUAGGGUAUUAGAUGUCCUUUAGCUUAAAGCUGUUAGGUGCUUCCAGUUUGCACCUUCCAAGUAUGUGAACUCCACUUUAGGGUCAACCUUGAUUUCUCUUUCUUUAAUCCACUUAGCUUCCAGUCAAUUGCUGCAUUUUCCAAUUUACAUCUGUAUUAAUAUCUCUGGAAUCUUCCUAAUACUUGAAAUCUCUGUUGCUAUUACUCCCUAAUUUCUUACU